CUUUAAUCUCGUCAACACGCGUGUUUCCUUCGGAAUUAUUGGGUCAAUAUUUUUAAUACAACUUGGCUCCCAAUAAAUAAAAGAUGAACAAAUAUAGAAGAGUGAUCUACGUAGUCGACCGCAUUUCCAGCCUUAACCUACACUGCUCACAGAUAAAGCCUCGGAUAGCCGUCCGCCGGGGUCUGGAAACAUCACCUUUACUCAGGGGUCAGGACGCAGAUGACAAACUCUCUCCAGGCUCCGACUCCGGCCACAAAACACGGCUCAAAGCGAUCGACCUGGCUCGGAAGAUACGACAGGAGAAUGCAAAGACACGGGUGAAACAGCCCGCGGCCUCUGGCCCCCAGGAGAGGGUGAUGGAGCUGAAACGGGUCAGUCUGCAGCUGCAGAAGGUCCAUCCCAACGUGCUGGCCAAACACCUGCACAGAAGCCUGUUAUACCAGGAUGAUCAUGUAGCUGUCAUCAACAAACCCUACGGUGUCCCUGUCCAAGAGGACCCAGAAGUCACAUCCAUCUCCUCCGUGCUUCCUGUUCUCUCCAAAAUGAUGGAUGGAAUGAAGGUGAAAUCUACUUCUCAGCUGCUACCUUGCCUGGGUUUGGAGAAAGACUCAACAGGAACACUCCUGCUAGCCAGGAGCGAAGAAGUAGUAGAGCACAUACUGAGCCUGAACAGAAAUAACCAAGUGCAGAGGAAAUACUGGGUUGUUACAGUCGGUGUUCCUGUGCCAUCUGAAGGUCUGAUUGAUAUUCCCAUCAUGGAAAAAGAGGUUACAGGUCCUCAGCCACACUACAAGAUGGGUCUGAGCCCACUUUUCAGAAUGAAUGACACGGGUGACGGUAUAACAAAAGUCAGAAACCAUCAGCAAGCGCAUGCGGCAGUCACCAAGUACAGAGUCCUGGACAGCAACAGUGGCUGCAGCCUCAUUGAGCUCCAGCCUUUCACUGGAGUGAAGCACCAACUGAGGGUUCACAUGGCUUUUGCUCUGGGAUGUCCCAUUCUCGGUGACCAUAAAUAUUCCCACUGGAGCAAACUGGCACCGCAGAAAUUGCCAGAGCUUGUAUUGAGAAAGCUUGGGCUGGAGCAGAGCAAGAGUCGGCAUCUUCCUCUUCAUCUGCAUGCGCGGCGGCUGAUGCUGCCGGGAUCCAGCCGUGGUGACGUCAACGUUUCCUGUCCCCUGCCAAAGUACUUCAUGCAAACAGUGCAACGACUGCAGUUCACAUUUCCAGAUGACAAAGCUAAGAAAUUACAGUCUAAGGAUUCUGUUUCCCAAAAGUCUUUGCAGUCCAACACCAGAUUAAGAUCAUCGGUUGUGAAACUACGGUUGUCAGAGCAGAGGAAGGAACAGAACCAUUCAAAUUAAAUGGGGGAUUAAUUAUCAAGCUGGGUUAUAACAGCGCUGAUGAGCAACAUUAUGAAGCAGAAGACUGUCUGGAAUAAAAAAAGGAAAAUGUGGAGCCUUUUAUGUGACUGUACAGAGCUGUGCAAAAUGUCUUCAUAAUAAAAAAGUGUAGAAACAAAUCGGAUAUGACUAUUUUAUUUAGCAGCCAAAAAUGUGGGCGUCGUAAAACAAAGUUAAAACUUUUGUAAUUAAAUUGCAUUUUGUUCAUAUCAAGGAGAGGAAAAUGAUUGACUUGUGAUGUCAUUGAGUUUUUGUUUUCCCCCUGAAAAUCUUUUUAAGUCUUUGCUCUCUGGCAAUAUGAAUCCUCAUCCUGAAAAGUUACUUCAUCAUAUUUUUGAUUGAUGGGAGAAAGUAUCAAAUAUAUAAAUCUACACUUGUGCAUUUGCUGUGGAUCAAAUGACUGAUGUCCCUCCUGGUUCUUAACCUGACACCAUAAAUAACUGGAAAUGUCAUUUUCUUCAAUCAUAUGUAAAUAUUUUUAGUGGACCUGGUCUAAACAAAGGUUCUGACACUAUCCCCUUUAGCGCUCUGUAAUCUUGUUCU